CGUCAGAAAUUUAGGAGGGGCUCCUCCGUGAAGCUGGUUGCUGUUUGUGGUGCUGAAACAACGCCUGUAUUGUGUUGCCAUUUAGCGAUUUAUUUUUUCCGCCUCUGCGUUUUUCCUGUGCUUUCUCCUCCAACAUGCCUCUUUAGUCCGAGUCUCGUCCAAGCAGCUCACUCCUGAGUCGGCGUUAAUCAUGCUGUUUUAGCGGAGGUGUGAGAUGGAUUAGUAGUAGCGGUUAUUAGUAGGCUGGAGCGGUAUGGAUUCAAUGUGGUGUCCCAUCCUAUUCGCGGCAUUGGCUGUAAUCCUCUUCUCCUCACCUGCACUCGCUGACAGAAAAUUUGGUUGUCUGUUUGAAGACGAACUCUGUACAACAUAUGAGUUCUGCGUCAAUGAUGGAGUGUUUGGACGAUGUCAGGAGUUGGCCGCUGCAGACCUGUACACAUAUGAUGUUUCUUCCUCUGCUCUGCAACGCCUCAGGAUCCUCCUACAGAAACUGGCUCACAGAGGUUUGACGUGGCAGGACGACAUCACCCAGAAGAUCAUCUCUAGAGAGCUCUCCAAACUGAGGACCGUUCCUCUCCGCCAUCAGGCCACAGCUCCAAGCCCCCUGACCACCUACAGCAGCUCCAGAGACAGGACACUAAGCAGAAACCUUCAGCAAUACCUGAAGGGCCUGAGUUCCGUGCCGCAGUCUGAAGUCGAUGGACAACAUGGAAUCCAACGACAGGGAGCCAACGUUCAGAUUGAAGACAUGAAGUCUGAGGAUCAUUUGGAGCCCAGCCGGUCAAAACCGCAGCAGGGCUGGAAGGAGACCACUAUCUACAGCCAUCAGAAAGGAGCUGGCCAACCUCCAGUCACCAAAGUAUUCACACAGAGUGGAGAGGGCAGACACCCCAAGCUCAGUACAACCUACUCCAACCGGGACCCAGUAAGGAGCAAACUGCUAUCCAGCCAGCUGGAACGGCUUCUUGCCGAGGUACCGAGCACUCAGCAGAGCUCCCCGGGUGGCAAGGCUGCGUGGCCCAAAGGAAAGCUCCACUACCUCAGCUACAUCCGGCCAGCUCCAAGCAACCAUGCAGAGCCGCAGUCUCAGGUGGCUUUUGGCUCCAAAACCCAAAGGCCUGAUCUAGACAGACUUCUGCUCAAGGCUGGCUCAAACCGACUGACCGUCAAAGAGCCUCUUAGUGUCAUGGAUGAGCGAUUCAUCCAUAAUAUGGUGAACCAGCUGGGAAGGCACAGCAUCAACAUGGAAGCUUUGAUUGGUAAAGACCUGGACCAGCUGGCUGGGGUCAUCACAGGAGCGCUGCAGGAAGUGGAUGAGGAGCGGCCUGUCGUUGGGGCACAGCCAGGACCAGGAGCCGCUGACUCCAGGGGGGACAUGGAGGGUAACAGGGACCCACUGGCAGCCAUGCAACUGAAUCAAGACCAGGACCUGAAAUCAGGCAAAGGGCAGGAUCUAAACCAGAAAGACACACUGAGAAUGAAACAGCAAGGCCAACAAAUAGACGGCGCAGACAAAGAGACUGUUGACAAGCAUGCAGCCUUCUUCUCCAAGCUGCUUGACUACCUCAACAUGGAGCCCUUCGGUGAUGCUCCAGAGGUCAACAUUGGGCCACCAGCUCCACUCCGGAAAAUGGUCGGACAGGAAAAUGUCCAAAGCCGGACGACGCAGGGCCAAGUUCUGGUACCCCACCGCUGGGAGGAGAAGACCAUCCCUGUGAAGGAAGGCUCCACCCUGCGUUUAACCGGUGGUGCAGAUGGGCCUGACGCUCAGGUGGACUCAGAGAUCCAGAGGUGGAUGCAGGGGAAUCAGGCCCCAGCGGGGAAAAAGCAGCUGGAGGAGCCGCAGAAGAAGGACAUGAGAGUCAAAACUCAGCUGGUCCACGUGGCGGUGAAGGAGUUUUCCAGCAGAGGGAAGGACAGGCACUUUGGCUACAUUAUCACCGGCACAGACUCCCUCACCACUGACCAGGGCUCGGAUCUGAUGGAGCGGCUGACGCAGAGGCUGAACCUCCAUGCAGCAGACCUCACCCAGCUCUCUGUCUUGGGUCCAGCGUUGACUUUCAGAAUUGGCCCCAACCCCAACAACGUGACCACUGCCGAUCUGGUUCAAGUUGCAGUCCAACAGAAGCAGCAGCUGGAGAAGGAGACAGGCCUGAAGAUAGUGGAGGCCGGAGUUAGUGAUAGGGGCAGCCUGACCCAGAUCCCCGUGGUGAAGGAGACCAGGGUGGAGUCAGGCCAAUUCCUGCUGCUCUCCGUCCUCUGCAUGCUGUUCAUCCUGGUGGCGCUGGCAGUGUCCACCACCUUCUUCUGCGUGCGCCAGCGCUCCCACCUCCGCAUGAAGGAAAAGUUGGCCAGCCUGGGUUCUGACCCCAGUACUGAUGCAACCGCAACUUAUCAGGAGCUGUGUCGCCAGCGUAUGGCAAUCAGGACGUCGGAGCGUGUUGAGCGACCGGAGACCCUGCGCCACUCACGGCUCAACAGCGUCUCGUCCCAGUUUAGCGAUGGCCCCGCAGCCAGCCCAUCAACCCGCAGCAGCACCUCCUCCUGGUGCGAAGAGCCAGUGCCAUCCAACAUGGACAUCUCCACUGGUCACAUGAUACUGUCAUACAUGGAGGACCACUUGAAGAACAAGAACCGUCUGGAGCGUGAGUGGGAGGCCCUGUGCUCCUACCAGGCAGAGCCCGGUGCCUGCAGUGUCGGGCAGGGUGAGCAGAGCUCCAAGAAGAACCGCUCAGACGCCGUGGUUGUAUAUGAUCAUUCCAGGAUCACCUUGAAAGCGGAGAAUAACCAUGGCAACUCAGAUUACAUCAAUGCAAGUCCCAUAAUGGACCAUGACCCUCGCAACCCUACUUACAUUGCCUCGCAGGGCCCACUUUUUUCCACCGUGGCGGACUUCUGGCAGAUGGUGUGGGAGAGUGGCUGUGUCGUCGUCAUCAUGCUGACCCCGCUAUCUGAAAAUGGAGUGAAGCAGUGUCAUCCCUACUGGCCUGACGAAGGCUCUGAUGUCUACCACAUCUACGAGGUGAACUUGGUGUCGGAGCACAUCUGGUGUGAGGACUUCCUGGUGCGGAGCUUCUACCUGAAGAACCUGCAGACAAACGAGACACGCACCGUCACGCAGUUCCACUUCCUGUCCUGGAUGGACCGCGGGAUCCCCAACUCGGCCAGGACCCUUUUAGACUUCCGCAGAAAGGUUAACAAGUGCUACCGGGGUCGAUCUUGCCCAAUAAUUGUUCACUGCAGUGAUGGAGCUGGCAGGAGUGGGACUUACAUUCUGAUUGACAUGGUCCUCAAUAGGAUGGCUAAAGGUGCUAAAGAGAUUGAUAUUGCCGCUACCCUGGAGCACUUGAGAGACCAGAGAGCUGGCAUGGUCCAGACAAAGGAACAGUUUGAGUUUGCACUGACAGCCGUGGCAGAGGAGGUGAACGCCAUCCUGAAAGCGCUUCCUCAGUGAAGGCAUCGCAUCCACCACCUUCUUCUCUCUCGCUGAGCACCGUUUUUUUCUGCCCACUCAAGACUGACAUCUCUCUCUGCCCUUCAUUCUCCUCACUCUGUUUCUCUCUUCUGUCUCUGCCUCCUCUUAACCUCUAUAUAUACUGUAUACUUAUGAAUGUCGUGCCAGAUAUCGCACCUGGAUCCAUAUUCGCAAAAGUCUUGCCUCAGUACGACUGUUGAUCUGGGAUCUGUGUCGUUUUAGUGAUUCGAGGCAGGACCAGGGGACCUGAUCUGAUCUGAUGUGGGAUCUUAGAUCAGCUCUCCUACUGUGAGACUUUUUGUCAUAUGAACCCUGGUCCUCUAUAACUGUGAUGUAGUUCCUGAACAUGCCGUUCUAGUGCCACUGACGAGCUGUUUACGUGAUGUCAAGUAAAGAUUUUUGUUCCAAAAUCAGCUAUGUGCAGUUGGAAAAAUGUAUAAAGAUGCUUAGAAAAUGGCUAUUGGCACAUAUAAAACAAACUAUAGUGGGGCUGCAACUAACCAUUAUUUUAAUAUAUAUAUAUAUAUAUAUAUAUAUAUAUGCAGAUUAUUCUCUCGAUAAAUUGUUAAAGUUGUAUAAAAUGGCAUUUAUAAUGUCUUCAGUUUGCUUAUUUUGUCUGACUAACAGUCUAAAAUCUUAAGAUAUUCAAUUUACUGUCAUAUAUGGCAAAGAAAAACAGUAAAUUGUCACAUUUGAGAAGCUGAGAAUGUUUGGCAUUUUUGUUUAAAAGAAUAAUGAUUAAUUGAUUAUGAAAUGGUUGCCAAUAGAUUUUUACUCAACUUUAAUCAACUAAUUAUUACAGCUCUUACCUAUAGUACUUUUAGUAUUAUAAUAAUAAUAAUAAUAAUAAUAUGUAAAGUAAAUUAAGUUAUUGCCUGUAAAAAAUAAAUCACAAUAUUGUACAGAUUAUAUCCCCUAAAUGAAUUGAUGUGUUAGAUACAUAUAGCGUUUUGAAAAUAAACUCUUCACGUUUCUUCUCCUCUGUGAUCCGAAUCAACCCACUAUAUACUCAGUUUCACAUGUACAGAGGUUGAAGUGUGUGUGUGUGUGUGUGUGUGUGUGUGUGUGUGUGUUUGUGUGUGUGUGUGUGUGUGUGUGUGUGUGUGUUUUUGUGUGUUUUUGUGUGUAUUGUUGUAUUUGGGGUCCAGACAUCUGCUGUGAUUCUUAAAAAGCCUCACAGGUCAUAUUUCUUGAUAUUCUUGACAUAUCAAGUGUUUUUUAUUCCUCAUCACAUACAUUUUACACAUUGUUACAUGAACAUCUCCGUUAAUAUUAAAUGUAAUACAAAUAUAUCAACUUAGAUAUAUCGAUAGUAACAAUAAAUAUAUAUUUAAGCAGAACUUAUAUUGGGAUUGUUGCUGAAUUUGUUUUCCUCCAUCACUGGUAUAUUGUGAUAUUUUGUGCAACAUGACAGAUUAUUCCCUCUAUGUAUAGACAAUGAAUGACUUUAUGAAUCCGUAUAUAGUGCUAUCUGAAAUGUAUACUGAGAGCCUCAAUGAGAACUAUAUAUUUUGUGUGAAAAGUAACAUUCAGGUUGAUAAUAAAUCAGAACAGAUUAUACUG